CUGAGCUUCACACUAGAGAACUUGAUCUUGACCAACACGUUUGGAUUCUUAAGAAGAAGAAGAAGAAGAAGAAAAAACUUUACAACUUAACGCAGAGUCUGGGUUCCAAUUUGCUUAAAGGGUUUCAUCUCCAGCCUGCCAAGUUUGGAUAUCUUACUUAUUUAUUUGAUAUUUAUUUUUUUUACUUCAUUUUUUUAUUUUAUUUUUUUACUCCAAUUCUCGGGAUUAAAACAUCCCAGAAGAGGGUGUUAAGUGAAAGUUGGGCCGAAGAUGAGCUCCUUUCUCCGGCUCGCUGUGUAUUGCAUCAGCCUGAUUUCCCUCCAGGAGCUUCUGGCUCUGCCGGCUCAGCGUCCCGACAAGAACAGGGUGGAUCUCCUCAGACAACUCACUGGCCAGGCAGAGGAAAACUCGUUGGCCUCAGGAAGCCAGACCAAUAGUGCCAUCCCAUCUUCAGCCCCAAGCCAGUCUCCUAAAUGGCUUUCAGGCUUUCUGAGACACCAACCAGCCUCAAGAGCGAGACUCUCCCCUCCUGGCCUGGCAUGGGCACAACCUGCUAAGGUUUCGCGGACCGUACGGAGGCCACUGAGAGCACGUCGCCAUGCCCACUCUGGAUCCAGAGGGCUUCACCACCCUCCCCAGCUGAUGAGAGUGGGUUGCGUGCUGGGCACCUGCCAAGUGCAGAACCUCAGCCAUCGACUCUAUCAGCUCAUUGGCCAGAACGGGAGAGAAGACUCUUCUCCCAUCAACCCUAAGAGCCCCCAUAGUUAUGGAUGAGUUACACCCUCGACACCCCCAAACACACCACAGCAAGUCUAUCUAUAUCUGCAUUUAUUUAUCUCCUAAGGUAUUACUGGUAGUUUUUGCAUUAGAGUUUAAGGUGGUCCUUAACUGCCAUUAUACUCAGCUGAGAUGACUGUUGCCUCUAUUUUUUGCGCUGGAAUGAUGGAUUAGAAGAUUCAAAUUUAUAAUCACAACUGACUCAAUCAUCUUUGAACCCACCAACCUUGAGUUCUUCCUCCAUUCUGAGAAUGUUUGCUUUUUGAAGGACAUCGAAAUCUUUUUGAUUCUCCCUCCUGAAAAGAAGCCAAGAGACCUUGGGCUGACACUUUAGGUCCUGCCAGCUUACCUCCCCAGUGGUUGUUAUCCUGCAGCUCAUUGAUCAAACUCUUAAGCCCCUAAUGUGGAUUUCAAGAUGCACCCUGAGCCGGAUCCCCGUCAAAACCAAUGUAUUCCCAAAGACCUAAAUCACCUAAUGAACUCUUUUACCUCUUUUUUGUCAACCUUGGAGUUUAUCAGCAGUUUCGAUAUAAACACUGCCAUCCCUGGAAUAGUCCACAAGAUUUCAGUUGAACUAGAAAUCUUUUACUCAGCAGGACUUUUCAGAACCACGCUUUGUAUUUGAGACCAACCACAGGAUGUGAGUUACAGCAGAUUUUAAUAUUUGUCUGAGUCAGGACUUCAUAUCGAAAUAAGGAAGGAAAGAAAGAAAGAAGAUCCAGUGUUUUGGAAGGAUUCAAAAUGAAACUUAUUCCACUAAAGCUUUGUUUUAAUUCUGGGUAUCAGGUAUCAAGUUGGCUGGAACAGUAGGUGGCAAAGUGAAACUCGGAGCCAUGGGUCAGCACUCUGUCACACCACUGCUGACAUGUUCUCUGCCAAGGCCCAGGUCUGAAAUAUUAGCCUUUUCACGUGAUUCAGGGCUCCCCCUUCAAGUUAGGACUUUGAGCUGACAGCAGUUUAAUAAACCUCACUUCAACCGUAUGUGCCGCCCCAGCAGGGGUGGGGGGCCCGAGCCUUCUGUGGGCUGCAAAACUAAUAUAUAAAUUAAAAGAACAAGGCAUGUGGCUUACACAGAUGUGCACACAUCCAGGUUUAAAGGUUGCAGAUAUUAAUGGGUUAGUUCUUAUAAUCUGAUAUUCCUCUUGUAGAUUUGACAAGAUAACAUGUGCUCUCAUUCUGGAAAUAAAUGUUACUGUUUAAUUGUAUGGAUCACCACAGCCUAGGCUAAAAGCACAUAGACUGCUCAAUCAAAAUAGUUUCUAAUAAAACACAUUUUAAAUAUGGUGGAGAAAAAGACUUCUUCAGGACAACUGAUGAAGAAAAGGUCAUGUAGUGUGUUUAAUCGUUUUAAAUCAGUCCCUAGACGACGGCAAGGAGCUUUGCAUUGUGGGUCUCUAAUGAGGCCACAGCGACCUCAAAUGUUAGGUGUGACAGUGCCAAAUUUCCAGUGUGUACACAAAACAGUGCAGCACCAUCCAAAACACAUGCCCCGACUGUUUCUUUUACUCUAUUUAUACUGGUCUCUGAAAUGGUGGGCGGAUGAUGGACUAAGAAUAACGAGGUCAAGCUCUUCUCAUCAAGCAUGCUCAAGUGCAACCUUAAACUUUCCACCCCACAUUUUUGGUGAGGAACACAAUUAUAUUACAUAUUAUUUACAUACUUCUAAACAUCUAUUCCAAGCCUUUACUGGAUGGCAGAGUGCUCUUAACUUUUAAAGUGUGUUUUGAGUGUUUUAUUAUAGGAAUACAGGCAGUUUUUGGUUCAGUUUCUUAUAUUUUUGCAUGUAAUUUCACAACAUGAAAAUUUGGUAUUCCUGAAUGAGCGUUCACUCACCAAAUACCUGGUAAUACUUGACAAUUUAAGUGACUUUACAUCAUUUGACCUGCAUCAUAUACAAACAUGUUCUUUUAUGUCUUAAAUAGUUUCUACUUUGUGUCUUCUUUUCGUCUUUUGCAUUUUCUUUUUAAAUUCUUUUUUUUCCUGCUCCAUCUGUAAUCAUGGGGGCUGUGAGGUCACAGGGUAAUAAUAGUCAGUGGUUCCUUGGUCUUAAGUCUAAUCUGUUCAAAGACUUGCUGAGGUGAAACAUGCCAUUUCUGUCUGCUGUAACCGAGCUAAUCAAUGUCUCAUGACAGAUCAUUAAAAGGCUUUCCAAAGGCUCAAAAACCCUGGUGGAUCUCUCUGCUUUUUCAAACUUCUCUGUUUCUCCCACACAUGACGCGUGUAUGUUUGCUCUGCUCAACUAUCAGGACACUUAUCUCCUGUGUUUUAUCUCCGUUCUGCACCAUUGUGCUCCCAGUACCCUUUUUGUUUUUCGUUGGGCAGUAUGUUUUGUGACGUCAGCCGAUGCGUCAUGUGGAGUUGUGUGAGCAAACUGAGCUCACCUGCUAAUACCUCCCCUUGGAUAACGUCUAGAGCUGUAUGCAGCUCUCUGUUGCAUAGACAUGCGCAGGAAUGAGUCUGAAAAUGUUUCUGUUAGUUUUGUAAGAUUCAGAUAGAUUUAGGUAGGCUUCGCUUUUUUCCUUUUAAGAGUCACAUGAUCUCCUUUAGGGUCACAGGAAAGCACUUUAAGGCAAGCAUGUGUGCGGAUAGUUUCAACUUGAAUUUCAGUCAUUGUGAUGGAUUUGUGAAAGCUGGACACAGCUCCUCUUGUAAAUGUUGCUUUUGAGAUUGUCUGCAAAUGUGUUUGAAGAUGUGAGUGCACUCCAUGUGGCACGAGGGCGAACAUUGUGUGCAUUUGUGAAUACGUUUAUAUAAAUAUAUAUAUAUAUUAGUCUAAUUAUUUAAGGAAAGUUAUGUAUUUAAGUUAUCUUUGUAUGUUAAUAUCUGAAUGUCACCAAAGACUAUUUAUCAGAUCUUUUCCAGUGCUCCACAUGGUAGGAAAGGAAAUCUCUACUGUAGUUAAAAUGUUACUGUUCAAUAAUGUCUGUAAAAUAAAGAACUAUACUGUAA